CUGCGUACUUGUGCGUGCCUUGUCGUCGUGAAGUGGACUCGUGAAGUUUGUUUCCGUCCGUUGAGAAAUAUUUAGUGAAAUAGACGUACCAUGCAGUCAUGUAAUGAUUUCUCAGUAAAUUUUUAUAAAUUUUAAUACGAUGCAUUUCGAUUUACAAUUGCGAAAAGUGUGAUUACAAUAGCGGUGUCGUUUACAGGAGUGCCUUGGAAAAGUUUUACAACGAAUUCUAAAGUUGUUCAAGUGUUGUUGUUCUGCUUUAACUGUUUUAUAAUGUGUGAAUAAGGCUUCUAAGUGUUUUGAUAAGAAGAGGAUUGUUGCAAUUCAAAGAUAGCAUGGCGUAGUUAACGACAACGCCAACUGCUGUCUGACGGCGUGUCGAUAUUCUUUCUAACACUGACUUGAUGCGGUGACACGAUGGACGCGGCGGACAAGCGCAUGCUGGAGCGCGAGGCGCUCCGCAACAUGAUCCAACAGUGGAACGCCAACCGGCUCGAUCUGUUCGAGCUGAGCGAGCCCAACGAGAAUUUGGAGUUCCAUGGGGUUAUGCGGUUUUAUUUCCAAGACUCGGGGCAGAAGAUAGCCACGAAGUGUAUCCGUGUUGCCUCCGAUGCCACCGUCAGCGAUGUCAUAGAAACCCUGAUCGAGAAGUUCCGCCCAGACAUGCGAAUGCUGUCGCUCGGCUCGUACUCUCUGUGGGAGACGCACGGGCCCGACGACGAGCGACGACUCGAGCCGCACGAGAAGCCGUUGCUGGUGCAGUUGAACUGGCAUGCGGACGACCGCGAGGGACGGUUCCUGCUCAAAUGCACUACCAAUGCUGACAAUUCCCUGUCGUCGGUCAACGAGAAAGGUGACCAGAACUUCAAGCGGAAAUUGUCCAAACGCGAAAAGAAAGAACUCAAGAAGAAAGAGAAACUAUCCAGACUCAAGUCCGACUCGAACAACGAGAACAGACCUGUUGCUGAGAAACUUUACACAGAGCUGCCGGAGACGUCGUUCACGCGCAGCAUCAGCAACCCCGAGGCCGUGAUGCGGCGGCGCCGGCAACAGAAGCUGGAGCGGAAACUGCAGCAGUUCCGCUCCAAAGAUGGCGGCCCCGACACCGGCGGCACGUUGAAAAUAUACGGUUCGUCGCUAUGCCCCGACGUGCCGUACAAGACACUGCUCCUGUCCGUGGGCGACACGGCGGCGGGCGUCGUCCGCGAGAUGCUCGACAAGUACGGGCUGUCGCGACACGACCCGCAGCACUUCUGCAUCGUUCAGGUGGACACGACAGACAACUCCGAAAGCAUCCUCGAGGACGACGAGUGCCCGCUCGCCAUCGUGAUGACACACCCACACCGCAGCUCCAUCAUGUUCCACGUGCGGCGGCGGCCGGCGGACUCGCAGCCGCGCCGGCGCAAGAAGAAGACCGCCGGCUGCGGGGCGGGGUGCGGCGCGGGCGGCAGCAGCGCGCGGCCCGGCUGCGAGCCCGUGCUCGUCGAGGUGGCGCCCGACGGCUCUUCGCUCGAGAACGGCCGCCGCGUGCGCAUCACCGGCGACAUGCUCGAGGUGGGGUCGGGCAACGGCACGGCGCUCCAACUGUACGGGCCGUCGAUCCAGCCGCGGCACUGCGUGGUGGCGGCGGGCGAGGCGGGCGGCUACGUGGUGACGCCGCUGCACGCCGACGCGCACGUCUAUGUGAACGGGCGCCGCGCGAUCGCUCCGCACUCGCUGCCGCUCCAGCACGGCUGCUUACUGAAAUUCGGACGAGUGUCGACAUUCCGAUUCGUGGACCCGAACCAAGAAAACAUCCUCAACCGAAACCUUUCGCAGUCGCAACACUUCGGCUCCGGCUCCAUAUACGACAGGUCGCCAGAGGGCGGGCGCGCCCUGUCCGGCGCCAUGUCGCCGACGUCCGUGGACGACGCGCCGCACGCCGACGACUACCGCCCCAUGAGCCCCGACCGCGCCUACUCCCCCUACCGCGACGCCAACGACACCCUCACGCCCUACAACAACAACACGCUCAAACUAGACAACGACUCCGUCGUGUCGCACCUCAACGACUCCAAGGAGGACUACCUGCGCGACGACCACACGCCCUCCAUCUACGACCAGGACCACUCGCAGAAUAGAACCAACAACUCGCAGUAUAAGGACAACUACGAGACCACCUUUGAUCUAGAUGGGAACGUUGAGACCAAAAGCAUUUGCAGCGCAAAAAGCGGAGGCUCCGGACAUGACAACAGGAUGAGUGCGACAGUGGGCAGCGCGGCGCGGCCUGGCCAGGAGGCCAUCCUGCCGGCCGUGCUCGAGUUCCCCGAGGCGGGGCAGGCGCAGUUCCUCGCGGCCGUCAUCUCGCGCCUCGACCCGCACGCGCCCGCCUUCAAGCUGGCGCCUGUCUACACGCUCUACCUCUGCGCCAGGUACCGCGCGUCGACCCACUACCGGCCCGAGCUCACGCCCACCGAGCGCGCGCACAAGCUCACGGCGUUCCUGCACCACGUCGCCACGCUCAUACACGCCACUGUGCAGGAACGAUGUACAGACUCAGCUGCGCAAGCAUUCUGGAUGGCGAACGCGAGCGAACUCCUACACUUUCUCAAAUGCGACAGACACAUAUCGUCUUUCUCCACACAAGCACAGGAGUUACUACCCGCCACUGUACAAAACGCCUUUAGCAACCUAGUGUCAUGCUUCCAAGAGGAGUUGUCCCGGGCCCUGGGCACGCUGACGAGCCCCGCGCUGACGGACGCGACCGAGGCGACGGCGCCGACGCUGCAGGCGCUGGCCGCCGCGAUGGUGCUGCUGCGCCGCUGCCGCGUCAACGCCGCGCUCACCAUACAGCUGUUCUCGCACCUCUUCCACUACAUCAACGCCGUGUGCUUCAACAAGCUGGUGACGGAGCCGGGCACGGUGUCGGCGCGCUGGGGCUCGGCGCUGGCGGCGCGGCUGGCGCUGCUGGCGGCCUGGGCGGAGCGGCAGGGGCUCGAGCUGCCUGCCGACUGCCAUCUCGCGCGCACACACCAGGCGGCACGCCUGAUCAGCGGCACGUACCGCACGGGCGAGGAGGUGCGCGCGGCGCUGGCGGCCUGCUUCAAGCUGAACUCCGUGCAGGUGCGCGCGCUGCUGGCGCCGCUCGCGCCGCCCGACGUCGUGGACGCCGCCGCGCACCACGCGCGCACGCUCGCCGACGAGCUGUGCCGCGCUGACGGACGCGAGAUAACGCUAGAAGAGAGCUCAUGGCUCGGCGUUGGCCUUCUGAUCCCCGGCGACGGAUUCAGCGCGGAAGUGGUCCGCGGCGUGCCGCCCGGCCUCGCGGAGUUCGUGGCCCCGCUGCAGCGCGGCGGCCUGUGUCGGCUCGCGCACCAGCCGCACGCGCGAGGCGUGUGGACCGUGUACAUGACGGGAUACGGAGCCAUGCAUAGGCGACCGCCCGACCCGGCCGUGCAUAUCAUACAGCUGAAUAAGAACUCUAAUGGAAUGGGACUCAGCAUUGUUGCCGCUAAGGGCGCGGGCCAAAGCAAGUUGGGCAUCUACAUCAAGUCGGUGGUGCCGGGCGGCGCGGCCGCGGCGGACGGGCGGCUCGCGGCCGGCGACCAGCUGCUGUCCGUGGACGGCCAGUCGCUGGUCGGCAUCACGCAGGAGAAGGCGGCGGAGUACCUGGUGCGCACGGGCCCCACGGUGACGCUGGAGGUGGCCAAGCAGGGCGCCGUGCUGCACGGGCUGGCCACGCUGCUGCACCAGCCCGCCUACAACAAGCAGGAGCCGGAGCCGGGCGCGCAGUUGGAGGUGCAGUACGAGCACCGGCUGCGGCGCAACAGCGGCACCUUCACCAACCCGCACCCCGCGCUGCUGCGCCCCGCCUCCCCGCGCUCCGAGCUCGCCACCGCAGGAUAUCGGCGUCCGUGUCACGACCGAUGUCACCUCCUCAGAGACGAGUCCACAGAAUCUAGCACCUCGGAGAGCGAGGAGUGCCACCCGCACUACCACGGCUCCAUCCCGCGCCUGAUCAUAACGUUGGACCGCGAGAACAACCAGCUGCAGGACGACCUGUCCCCGGACACGCCGGGCUGCCCGCUCGAGCUCAAGGGCCCGCCGCCGCCGCGCCCGAUCCCCAUAUUCACGUUCACGUGCGAGGACUUCGACGAGCAGCAGGCCGGCAGCGACACCACGUACGACAGCCACGUGCCGCCGCCGCCCCGCCCCGCCCCCGCCGAGCCCCCGCGCCUGCCGCCGCAGAUGCGGCCCAUCGACACGCGGCUCACGCUCGAGCUGUUCCGCGACGAGCGGCCGCAGUUCCGGCGCCGCUGCACCGUGCCCGACGAGUGCGUCAGCGCGUGCGAGUGCUGCCGCACGCCGCAGCCCGAGGCGCCGCAGAUCCCCUACAUCGACGAGCCCGCCUUCGAGCCGUUCAUCUUCGAGGACGCGCGCGUCGCGACCCCCAAGACGCGCCGCAUCCUGCCCUCGAUGUCCCUCGACCGGCCCGACGACGAGCCCGAGACGGCCGACGCCGUCUGCCAGACUCCCUCCUCCCCCGUCGAGGUCGACCGGAAACAUUUCCCCGCGCCCCCGACCCCGCAGACCAGAAAGCUCGAGCUCAAAUUAGAUGUCAGUAAGGAUGCCAAGAAAGUAGAAGAUAUACAUUGUAGGUUAAGAAGAGCGUUGUUCACUAUGUCGAAGUCGUAUUCUAGUAAAUCCGAGGGCGCCGCGGAACCCUCGGAUUCUACGUCGGAGUCGUUCGACGAUACGAUAAACGAUAAGAAUAUAUUCGGGAGAAGCGAUUUCCCGACUCCGGUGGAGGCGGGGGCGAAGCGGGUUCUAGAUAGCGUCGAUCGGAAAUCGUGGAAGUCCCCCGACGAGUAUCGCCCCGCCUUCGGUAGAGUUAAAGCUCUAACGAAACGGUUCGACGACAUCAACCUGCGAUACUGUGUCAAAAACUACAAGAGAAACUGCCAGUCGAGUCCCAAUCUUAGUUGUCGUAAUGAAAAAACUUUUAGAUCGAAAGAAAAUUUACCCGCUAGUUCUAGUUUAGUCGACAUACAGUACGAGUCGUUAAUAACGGACACCAGCGAAACGAAGGGGGAGAAGAUGUCCGAAGACGAGGUGAAGAGCAUUCUGAUACAACUGGAGGACUGGUCGCGGUACGGGUCGCGGGCCAGCGAGGACACGCUCGCGCAGGGCAACGAGUUCGAGCUGCCCAACCUGCCCUCCGAGGAGCACUCCGACAACAACGCCCCCGCUUACGUCUUCAACGAGAUAAUAGAUAAAAAACCCAAAGUGAUCACGCUCGAGAACAUAAGACUGAAAUCGAACCAAUCGAGCGUCAACUCGGACACGAGACACAGCAAAGAAUCGCUUAAAAGUAGCGCCGAAUCGAGUUCAAAAGCGCCCGUCGUCGAAGAUAUUUUGCCGCAAAAGAGCUCUAUUUCCCUUUUGGACGUGUCUCGGGACGCGUCGCGGCGGCAGUCGUACUCGGCCGUGGUGCAGAGCUGCCCCGACGUGAGCAGCGGCAGCGCGCGCGGCCGCGCCGCGUGCGCCGCGUGCGCCGCGCGCCACAGCUGCCCCGCCGUGGCCCCGUGUCCCCUGGGCGCGGCGCGGCGCGCGUCGGAGCGCGACCUGCCGUCGCGGCUGGCGGCCGAGCCCGUCAAGCCCAGCAAGAGCACGCCCGCGCUGCACCACGCCGACCCGCCCGCCGACCCGGCGCAGCCCCUGCCUCACAGUGUGAACAUGCACCCGGUGAGCGCUAGCGUGGCCAACGUGAGCCAGACGGGCGCGCCGGCGCCGGGCGCGGCCGCGAGCGCGUGGGCCGGCAAGUCGCGCAGCAGCCACAACCUCGCGCAGCCCGCCGACGGCUUCUACCAGAACCUGCCCGCUCAUAGCCAUCACAACCUGCACGACAGAUGGUCAUCGUUACGCAGUUCGACGGGCAGUAACCGGCCGCAGUCGGCGCACUACGCUCCCGCACCUCUCGAGACGUCGCCCGAUUCGCCUCAACAACAUCAACAAAACCAAAUGAAUGCGAUAAACGCGCGAUCGGCCAAGCUGGCGGAAAUGUCCGAGGAAGUGACUCGCCGGCAGCAAAUGCAGUACCAACUGGCUCAGCAGAAGGCCGCCACGCUCCCGGCGCACACGCACCAGAACAUGAUGAGCCCCCAGCACGUGCACCCCGUGCACCAGCACCACUACCCCAACCACAUCAACAUGCAUCCCAACAUGCCGCCUAUGUCACCGAACAUGCAACCUGCCAUGUCGCCGAACAUGCAACAGCCAAUGUCACCCAACAUGCAACAGCCGAUGUCGCCAAACAUGCAACAGCCGAUGUCGCCAAACAUGCAACAGGGCAUGCAAGCGAUGCAACAGAACAUGCAAGCGAACAUGCAGCAGAACAUGCAAGCGAACAUGCAGCAGAACAUGCAAGGCAUGCAAGGGAAUGUGCAAGGAAGCAUGCACCAGCAACAUCAGCACAUGCAUGCCCCCGUGCAGAGCCCGCCGCCUCAGCAACUCUACCACAACCAGCAUCAGCCACAACAGAGGUACGAGUGGCACCCGCCGGGGCCGCCGUCGCCGCAGCGCGCUCAGCCGCCAGUGGCACCCAAACCUCAGGGAGCAAGACGACCAGAGUCUGAACUAGAAGAGCAUUAUCACCAACACAACCAGCAACCGCAACAGAGUACGAUCCAACCCGAGGACGAGCGGUACGUGGCUUCGGCUCUGGAGCCUCCCCCGGGCCCGGCCGGGCCGUACGCGGCGCACGGGCCGGGCGCGGGCAGCGGGCCGGCCGCGCACAACCCCUGGCAGCGCGAGGAGCGCGAGCGCCAGCAGGAGCAGCGCCGCGCACAUGCACGCAGUCGCCGGGACGCGGCGAUAGCAUCACUACUGGCCAUCGGCGCGGCGCGGACUCCCGCCCAGAACCAGCAGCUCCGCGCGCUGCAGCUGGAGCGCGACUUCGAGCGGCGUGCCACGCAGCACGCCUCGGACGGCGCCGCCGACGCCGCCGAGUCCGACCCCGAGCCCGACCGCCCCGCGCCGCCCGCGCCGCCCAAGUCCAUCCUCAAGACCAACCACACGCCGCGCACCGACCACACCAACGGAUACGCGCACGACUCGGGGCCGACGCCGGAAGCGACGCCGGGCGCGGAGGCGGCGGAGGCGCUGGGCGCGCUGGCGCUGGCGCCGCCGCCGCCGGAGCGCGGCUCGUCGUUCGCCGUCAUGGCCACGCGCGCCAGGGCGCUGUCGCCGCCGCACCAGCCCAAGCCCAACUCCCCGCCGGGCGCGGGCUCGGGCCGCGACAAGCGCGUGUCGUUCCACGAGCGCGCCGCGCCGCCCGCGCCGCCCGCCUCCUCCCCGCCGCCGCUGCGAGAGGCGCCGCCGCACGAGGACCCCGACCGCUUCAUCGAGGAGGCGGAGAGCAUGGUGUCGGGCGGGCUGUCGCCGAGCACGCCGCCCGCCGCGGCCGUGCACACGCCCGGCGUCAUCGGCGCGCAGGAGGUCUACAGGGACCCGCGGCAGCGGCGGCUGGCGGAGAAGCAGGCGGCGACGAGCGCGGCGCCGGUGCCGGAGCAGCUGUCCUUCAAGGAGAAGAUGAAGAUGUUCGCGCUAGAGGCCGGCGACCCCAACACGCCCAAGGACAAGGUGAAGAUAUCGCGCGCGCAGCGGGACAUCGACGCCGUGCACUGAGCGACACAACAUCCCGUCUAGCGUGCAUAAUUCAUACUUACUAACACAUAUUAUAUACAGUAUUAAACUGGGUAACU